UCCGAAAUCCAAGGCUGAAUCAUGGUCUUGCUCUAUCUAUAGCUCUUGGUUGACAUUCUUUUUUAUUUUUUUAACAAGGAAUGGCUGUGUACCAAAGGAUUCAAGAUACAUAUGAACCUGCUCUCGUCUGUAUCAGUUGUUUUUAUCCGCUUGACACUGCUCUUUACAUUAUUGGUUGCAGGAGACCAGAUAUUCAUCAACCGCCGUAUUGUUGCUGGGCUAUUAUACAAGGAGGAGUUCUAAUAUUAUUACUGGAAAGUGUUCAUUACAGUAGUCCAAUUCACUAUUUUCCUGAAAGGCAUGAUCUUAUGCAUGGUCAUAGUGCAAUUGAUUUCCAAUUUAUGUUAAAUAAAGAAAGGACCUUACACCUUCCUAAAGAACCAGAUACCAAAAGUUUACAUAGUUCAUACAGGGAAUUUCAACCUUCAUAUGAUGACAUGAAGCUACCAAUCACAACAGACCACUAUAAAUCAAAGUUCACUGCCUUGCUCUAUUAUGAAGAGCAGGAACGCAUUGGACUAUUAAAGAAGAAGUGUAAUGGUUGUUUUGUCUUACAAAAAUGUAAACCACCUUUCUUAAAAGGUGAUGAAAGGGGCUAUUCUCCUAAUUUCUAUUGUCUACAAGGAAUGUCAUCAGCACAGAUCAUGUAUGCAACUCAAGCCAGUGAUCACCGUGUUACUAUUAGCAUUGGUCAGCACAACUAUGUAGCAACUAUUCUGAGUUGUAAUUAUUCACUUAUUGAUGAUAAGCUAUACAUUUGUUCCAAUUGCAGCAUUGUAGUUCAUUCCUUUUUAAGAGUGAAUGUAUCAUUUGAAGUUGAUCACCAUUACUUUCAUAGUCUCAUGGAUGGAGUUAAGAGGAUUAGCUCAAAAGUAUUACGUCGUCUUAUACCCACACCAGAAGAUUUUAAAAGCCCUCCUAGAAGUAUUAGCAUUGACAUUAGGAGACAACCAUAUGGUGGGAUUGAUCUUGAUCUUGAGCAGAUUCCAGCAUUAGAAGCAAUACUCAGUAACCAGUGUUCAGCUCCUGUACUUGUAUCUGGUGCUUUUGGUUGUGGUAAGACUCGUCUUCUUGCUGUGGCUACAGAAUGUUUCUUCAGAGAGCAUCGUGAGGCUGGUCACCAUUCACCUUGUCGUAUUUUAAUUUGUUGUCAUCAUCAACAUUCUGCUGAUUUUUUUAUGGAAAAUUAUUUUAACAAAAUGCUUUCACACAGCAAAUACCCAUGGCCUGUAAAAGUUUUACGUGCUACAAGCUCACGGCAUCACGUUGAUUAUUCUAAUUGUGUUCAAGCAAUUGAUUUUGAUAUAUCACUAUACAGACGUGAAACCGCCUUUCUAUUGGUCACAACAUUUGGAGGAGCACUAACGAUAUCCAGGAAAAAGGUUGAGCCUGAUUUCUUUACUCAUAUUCUAAUUGAUGAGGGAGCUCAGACUCGUGAACCUGAAGCUCUUAGUCCAUUUCUAAUGGCAAAUAAGAAUACUCGUAUUGUUAUUGCUGGAGAUCAUCAACAGGUUGGACCUCAACUUCUUGUUCUUGGUAAAGCUCCUCAGCAGUUUGGUUUAUGUGUGUCACUGUUGCAACGAUUACUAGAGAAGUAUAAAUCUAUUGGAGACAUUAGCAAGAGGAACACUCCAUCAUGGAAUAUUAAUUAUCGCUCACAAGCUGACCUUUUGGAGUUACCUUCUAAGUUAUUUUAUAACUCAGAGCUGAGAGCUUGUGGCAGAGUACCAUACCACCUCAAGGCUCCUUAUCCUUAUGUUUUUAUAUGUUCCAGUUUUACUAAUGAUAUUCCAGUUGAUGCUCAGUGUGCUGUAGAGGCUGAUAGACUCCUUCAAGCAGUGCAGCUACACAGUGACAAGUUCAAAAGCUGGGAACUAAAAGAUACUUGCAUUAUGACUCCAAGUUUGAAACAGGCAAACCUUAUUAAAAGACUGAUAAAAACAAAAUUCAGGAGUUUGAUUGGUGUCAAUGUCAUCACCAGUUAUCAAAUGCAAGGACAGGAGUAUCGUAUGCUUUUCAUGAGUACUGUUGAAAGUUUAGAGCCCAAUGGUCGACCAUUUGAUCCAUUAAAGAGUUUUUGUAAUCCAGCACUAUUUAAUACAGCAAUCACACGCUCUAAAAGUCUUGUAGUAGCUGUAGGUAAUCCUCUUGUACUGCUAUUGUCUGAAGCUACUAUGGAUAAUCUUAAAUGGUGCUGGAGAGAGUUCAUUUCAAGAUGCCUUCAGAAUGAAACAUUCAAAAGUACUCCUGACUGUGUCCAGUUUGAACAAGUAAAAGUACAGUUCUUUGACAUGCUGAAGUGUGAUAAUCCAGCUGACAUGAUAAAAAUUUUCCAGAAGAACAUUUAUUCCCAGAAUUGUUGCACAAAGUCUGCACAUGUGUCCCCUUCCCUGAUAUCUACUCCACAAAUAAUGCACUCAACUCGAACAUCCAGGCAACAGUCGUCAUCUACUCCAUCUUUUGUACCACAGUCAUGUCAUCUAUCACAGGUUGCGAAGCAGCCAUCUCCUCAAGCCAGUCAAGAGUCAUCUUUUCAAAAUGAAGCAGUGCAAUCAUGGACACAAGUACUACCUUCUCCUCAAGCAAGUAAAAAGCAACUUACUUUUUCACCACAAGAAGCAAAAAUGCAGCAAUCUUCUUCUAAACAACAGCUUCUACAGCAUCCAGUUAAGCAGCAGCAGUACCCAGUAGUUGAACAAGAGACACAUUCUAAAAUAGAACAUCAACAAGUUUAUACAGCCAAGCAGGAGAAAUCAUCUAAACGAAAAAGGUCGUCACGAAGAAAGAAAAAAGGACAUGUAACUGAUUCUCUACUUCUAUCAAAACAAGCUGGUACAAAAAAUCUGUCUUCUCAAAAAUCAUUAUCUACAGUUGAGCAGCAAAAAGGAAGUAAUACAGCUGUACAGUCUAAGGUAGGGCCACUAGUCCUUCAGCAGUUACCAACUGCCUCACCUCAACAGCAAAAACAAUCUCCAUGGAAACCACUUGAACCUGUUGUUCCCAUUUCAUUAGAAUCUACAACAACAGCUUCAAAAUCAUCACAAGUUGUCAGAAGUAGUCAUAAUCAUCUCUCUUCACAAUAUUCAGAACCUUUACAAAAUCCUAGAAAUAUUACAAUGAGUUUCUUUAUUAGUCCUGAAUUAGAGGCAAGUUUAUAUACAGUCCCCAUGAAGAAUCAAAUGUAUCAUUCUAAGACUCCCAUUACUGACGUGCAUACAAUUGAGAAGUCUAUUUUAAUGCACUCCUUCAAAAAGCAUACCCACCACCCUAUUAAUAAAGAUCUACUAGCUGCUACUUUAACUCGUAGCAACUAUAAGGAGAAGUUUCACCAGUUAUUGUGUCGGGAAGAAGAUGAACAUGAGAGGAUUCUUAGAGACAAAUGCAAUGGUUUUUAUGAUCUAAAGUUGUCAAGUAUUAAAUUGUGUAUGAAGAGGCACAUUGAGAAGUAUCAAGAAAAGUAUGAAUUAUUUUAUACUAUAUGGAACGCACAACUUGAUGCUGAUACAAUAGCUUAUGCUAUGCAGGCAAGUGAAGGUAUAGUUGUUCUCCAUUUGUCUACUGGAGAUAUGCAAGCAGAUAUUCUUGAGACAAAAAACAGAAAUAACCUUUAUUUUCUACUGGGGCUUGCAACAAAUCCUGGAGUUAAACAAGAAUCAAAUGUCAGCGUGACCUUCAUUUUAAAAUACUCUUAUUUUGAUCGUCUUCAUCGAGCAUUAGAUAGUUUGCCUCUAGCUGUACUUAAUCGUUUAAUGCCUAGUAACCCUUGUCAUUUUAGUAAUGUGGUGUUGAAUGAUGAAGACAUUCCUCCUCCAGUGAAGUGUGUUCAUGAGAUAGGUGUAGUCAAAUUAGAAUAUUCGCAGAGGGAGGCUCUUAAGUCAAUAAUGAGUUGUGAAGCUAACAAAGCACCUGUUUUAAUUGUAGGUUCAUUUGGAACUGGUAAAACUCAAUUGCUUGCUCGUGCUGCAUAUCAAAUAUUACGACAAGACCGAAAGAACAGGAUUCUUAUUUGUGCUCAUCAUCAGCACUCUGCAGACACCUUUAUGGCUAAUUACUUUUCAAAGAUGAUUGAUUCUGGUUGGUACUGUGGUAAAGUUGUUCGUCUGAUGGCAAAUAGAGAUUAUUGUGCUCCUUCAAAUUGUGUGAAGUAUUAUGCUACCAUUAAGGAUCGGCAUUUCAAAAAGCUGAAUGAAAUUAGCAUAAUUGUCACGACAUUUUCUACAUCACUUCAUAUGCUUGGAGUUGUCCCUAAAGGUUUUUUCACCCACAUUUUGUUAGAUGAAGGUGCUCAAACUCGAGAACCAGAAUCUAUUGCUCCUCUUUGUUUAGCUGAUGAUAAUACACAAAUUGUAAUUGCAGGAGAUCACAAACAAGUUGGUCCCUCUUUGUUAGUGCUUGGUGAACUAGCUAUUAAAAAUGGUCUGAGUCUGUCGUUGCUGGAAAGACUGCAUACUCUUUAUAAUGAUGAUAGGCUAAUUGAUGCUUCAUCAGUGCAUUCUGCUACUCUUCUCACUAAUUUUAGAUGUCAUCAUGCUCUACUGUCUCUUCCAUCUUACUUAUUUUAUGAUUCUACAUUAAUUACCGCUGCUGAAGCUGUGACUCAUCUUCAUCCUGAAGCUAAAUACCCUCUUCAUUUUAUAUGCUCUGAUCUUAGUGAAGCAAAAGAAAUAUCUACUAAUGAUAAUGAGAUUGAAGCCACAAUAUUGCUACAAGAAAUAAGUAAUUAUGUUGAGAGCUGGCCAGAUCAAUGGGGUGAAAUGGAUCUCUCUAAAGUUUGUGUUAUGACAGUAACAGCUCACCAAAAAAUUAAAGUUAUUCAAGUAUUGUCUCAUCAUUAUUCACAUCUUGAAGAUAUUGAUGUUCGAACUGUUUUUGACAUUCAAGGUUGUGAGUAUGAGGCAAUUUUUCUUAGUACAGCAGAGCCUACUACAAGAGAAGGCAAAUCUAAAAAUCCAACCAAGACGCCUUGCAGUCAAUAUGUAUUCAAUACUGCAUUAACACGUGCUAAAUCACUUGUAGUAUGUGCUGGUAACCCGUUUCUGUUGAUGACAAUAGAAGAAAGCAUGGGUAAUGAAUGCUCUUGUUGGAAAGAGUACAUUAGAAGGUGUAUACUUUCUAAAACCUUUGUAGUACCUACUAAACUUCAAGAUGGAGCAUGUCAAAGUGUAGUUCAUGAUCAAAUAAAAAUGUUGCAAGAGAUGGUAUUUAAGUUGUCGCCUGUUUUAAUGACAAAUUUUACAACAGAUAGCAUAUUGAAAUCGUUUCAAGAAACAUUGAAAUCUAUACGACAUUACAAAAGAAGUGAACUACUGAAACUUUCCUAUUCAAAUUGUGAUAUUUUGGACUUUGAUGAUAGUGUAGUGAGUCAAGGUAAGAAAGAAGGUGAACAAGAAGGUAUUUAUGAUUGUGAAUUACAAAUGAAAAGCUAUCGUUCAGCUAUUGCAGUUCCACGUGAUCAAUCGAAGGAGGCCAUAGUUAUUAAUGGAUUGAAUAAUAGAAGAGGAGCUUUCAAUAAUGAUAUAGUACGAGUGGAAGUUACUGUGUUCAAUUCUCAUUCUGCAUCUGGAAAUAAAAAAGCAGUAGUUCUAAGGUCAGGUAGGGUAGUAGAAGUUAUUAAAGCGCAACAUCCAACUAGGUAUGUAUGCCGUUCUGAUCAAUAUGGCUUUGUUAAAUUUUACCCUCUUGAUAAAACUGCUCCAAUAAUACUUAAUCUUCCAAAACUAUCUUACAAGCUUCUUCGAUAUCGUCCAAAGGAUGACCAGGCCCCUAUGAUUCAUGAUUACAUUACAGUGUUUAGGGAGGACUCAUUAUAUGAUGCUAAUGAUGAAAUCCCUCGUAUUAAGGAGCUCAUACCAUUUGAACUGUCACAGAAUUUCUUGUUUGUUGUUGAGGUCCUUCAAUGGAAGAAAAAGUACCGAACAGCAUUAGGAGCUGUCAUUGAAGCUGUUCCACGUACAUCAAACAUUUUUUUUAUUAAUCGCUUGCUUAACCUUGUCUAUAACAUCCAAGAAGAAGAUGAUGAAGUACAUUCACCACUUCAAUCUCCAAAUGAAACUAAUGAGCUUCAUCAUUAUGAUCGAGCAUUUACCAUUGAUCCUCCUUUAUCUAAAGAUUUGGAUGACGCAGUCAGUUUGACACCUCUUCCUGAAGAUGGUAAUUAUGAGCUGGCAGUUCUUAUAGCUAAUGUUGCCAAACAUAUAAAUGAAAACCAUCCUUUAGACAAGAAAGCUAAACAGAGGGGGACAUCUGUAUAUGGUGCUAAACAGAGAGGUGCUCAACGAGUGCGUCACAUGUUUCCAUCCAGUAUCACAUCUCAAUUGAGCCUUGACUAUUUGAAAAAACGGCAUGUUUUAUGUGUACCUGCUACAGUAGUCAUAGAAGAAGGAGUGGUAACUAGUGUAGUGUCUGGCGAUCCAAAGGAAGCAAUGGUCACUUCUCAAGUACGAUUCACUUAUGAGUCUGCUAAAAAGGUAAUGCAUAAUGAAACGGUUGAUGAUGAGACAAGAAGGCAAGUUAAAGCAUUUGAUGAUGCCAGUGGACCAAGCUUACUAAUGGCUAAUACUCUUAAUCUACUGUAUGAGAUAGCUAUGUACUUACGCAUUAAGAGGUUAGAUGAUCCUGGCUACUGUUAUGACCGACCUGAGGAAGGUGAAGAGGGUAACUGGCAGACUCAUCUUCUUAUAGAAGAAUUAAUGAUAUUUUGUAAUGCAGCAAUAGCUGAGUAUCUUCACGAUAGGCUUCCACAGCAAAGUGCCUUAUUUUUAGCACAGCUACCUAUUUUGAAAGAAGAUGAGCUUGAAUUUGUUAAUCAGAAUGAAAAAUGCUUACAACAUUCUCUGUCUCUUAAAUGUUACUUAAAUGAAUUCAAUAAUAAAACAGCUCCCUUGAUUCUACCUAAUACAACACUUCAGGCACUUGUUGACGUAUGCUCUAGAAGAGAUCACAUCCAAUUGGUUUCAAUUCUUAACAAUAAUAAGCUUUACCCACAGCUAGCCAUGGCUGAGGCUAUGUCACGAACAAUCAAAAGGAAAUCUAGUUACAUUGUAGUUGAAAACAACAAUGAGCAUAUUUGUGCUUAUCAUUCUCAUAAUGGCCUUGCACUAUCAGCAUAUACUCAUUUUACAUCACCAAUCAGGAGAUAUGCUGAUUUGGUUGUGCAAAGAUUAGUAAUAUCACUCAUUGAGGGAAGGCCUAUAGCAGAAAAUUCUGAUGAGAAUAACAAUGAACUCGUUAAAUUGUGCUCUCAACUUAAUGUCAAGAGUAAAGCUGCAAAAGAUUAUGAAAAGGCUGAUAAUAAAGCAUGUAUAACUAGAAGCUGUGAAGUCUCACUGGAAAGAGCAGAGGCUUUUGUGAUCCAAUCUUGUAAAAAUAUCAAUGACUCAUUUGAAUUAUCCUUCUCUUCAAGUCAUUAUGAGUGUAUUCAUGGUCAAGACACAUCAUUUAGUAUGUCAGAUCUUAAUUUUCAUCACAAAAUUGAAGAUGGAACUACUAAAUUUGUUGUAUGGAAAAUAGUGUCAAUAUCAUUGAGUCAAACAUUCAGCCUCUUCUCUCAUCCUGAUGUAAUUGAUAUGCCUCCUGCUACUCUCAAAGCUCCUUAUUGCUCCAUUGCUGCUAAAAUGUAUCAAUAUACACAAGGGCGGGAAGGAGAAUCACAGAUUCGUCGGUCUAGUGCUGAUUUGACAGUCUGUGAUAAAGCUAUUUCUCUUAGUCCAGAACGCUGGCUAGUAACACACAAGUAUCUUAAAUGUCAAAACGAAGAAAAUUUUGAAAAAAUAAGAGGCUUAAUUCUCCAUGAGCAACAAUUAGAAGUCAGUAAAGAUAAAUGGCAGUCAAAAAGAAGCAAAGAAAGUAUUGCAAUAACAUAUGAAGUUAAACGACCUUUUACUGCAGCUAAUGAUGUAGUUACAGUUUGGCUGGGAAAGUCUCUUACUGAAUAUCUCCCAACACCAGCUAUUCAGUUAAUGGAGAUAGCACCAACAGUUCGUGUGUGCCUUCAACAUAAUAAUAAUCCUCUCUGCUUCUCUGGUAUCCACCUACAGAAAGCAUCACGUGAUACAGCUUAUCACUCAAUAAAGCAGUAUGUAGAGCUUUGGAGUAAAGUGUUAAUUGCUGAGUCUGCUAAUCAAAGUGUCAAGACAAAAAAUCUCAUAUUCAUCAGACAUGCUCCUUUAAAAUGGAAUGAAUUCAUUCGAGUUAAUGAUUAUAUUCAUGAUCCUUAUUAUGUGCCAAAGGAUGAAGUUUCUCUUAUCAUACCUCCUAAGAAUCAAGACUCAUUGGACUUCAUAAGUAUCAAAUCUGGUGACUUCCUUUGUGUUCGAUAUGAGAUUAGUGAUAGUCUCAAUGCUGUCUAUCACUUUGUUGUGGCAGAAGGAAAAAAUGAAAAAAUAGAUAAAAAGGAUAAUGUAGACAUCGUAAUAAAGAUGCGUGCUGAAGGUGAUUAUUCAUGUAGAAUCAGAGAGAAUAUGUAUCAAGAAUUGAAAAAAGGAAACCAAACUUGUGACAUACAAAUAAUACCAAUACCAGUUUCUUUUCG